CCUUUUGAGUUAAAAGACUGAACAUACAGUAGGCCCUCUGCUACCCUCUAGCGGCGAAUACGGGAACUCUUGGGUUAAAGUGCUACAGUCUUUUUUUCAUACAUCGAACGUGGCUGAAUAUUUUUUUGUUUUGGGAAUAAAGCAAACGCAUUGUUUAUUGUGAGACAAAUGAACCCAUUUGGCGUACGAAAUACAACAGCACGAGUAGGCUGUUUGUUCUUUGUUUAACGUGAAUUGCGCCGUUACGGUAUGUUUUUAACCUAUAUUCAUCACCUCGUAACGUUGUCAUACUGUUACGCUGAGAAUAGCUAUAAGCACCAAGUCAAAUCGUGUUUUAGGUUAGCAGCCAUGUGAUAUUGUAGAAACUAUGUAGAACAUACGCCGUCUUUUUUCGCGCAUCACGUCCGAGCGUCAUAGCGCUUUUGUUUACACCGGAAGUCAUUGUCAUAACUACUUCCUUGGUAACCAACGAGUCCUUAGCAACCACCGUGGAAAGUAAACAGAAUAAUGGCAGACAAAAUCGGUGUCGAAAAAUCACUUUGGCAACAAGUGUGUGAAGAAUUUGAAGCUGAGCAACCCAGUCCUCCCGAUGCUGUGUGGACAGAUGGCAGAUCAGUGAGCACCCAGCUCUCCCAGUACAGCACCAGUACACAUUCCUCAGUCUUCUGUGGACUCAACCCAGCUGAGGAGUUUGUGGAAGAUGAUCCUCUGAGAGACUUUGACCCCCUACUUUGCCACCCUGCGGGAAUGGCUUAUCCUUCAAGCCAGAAACGCCUCUCAACAGUUGAAACCGCGUCACCCCCACAAGUAUCUGAACGUCCUGUUACACGUUUUUUGGGGAGGAAUGUGUUUGAAGUGCUGUUGCCUGGACUGGAGGCUUUGCUCAAAGAAGCUCAGAAACACGGUUGUUUCGAGAGUAAAAGGACAGCAUUUAACCCGUGUGACUUUCUAACUGAGUGGCUCUACAACCACAAUCCCUGCAGGCGAGGACAAGUCCCAGUGAACUUCCACGACAUCCCCUUUGUAAAGGACUGGCUCAGCAUGCAUCCCAGGCCUCCAGUCCCUCUGUUUCUGCUGCUGAGCGAGAAUCAGGCUGCUCUGCUCAUCCAGGCUUUCUGGAGGGGAUACAAGAUCAGGGCUCGCCCAGAUGUGCAGGAGCUGCGCAGGUGGCAGAGAGAACUGAGAGAGAACCAUGACAUUGCCAAAACUGUUGAGCAAUUUUGGGCCCAACAAGAGAGCCGAGUGGGCUCUGCCAUGACAGAUCUCCCAGAAAGCCCCCAGCCUGGCAACUCAGAUGUGUCCAUCCAGGUAGUUUCCCCCACCCCCCAGAGCACCGUGGUCCAUACCCCCACCACCCAGAUGACCCCUGAGGCCGGCUACGUGAGAGGAUACUUCUGGUUUUCCCUCCAGUGCCCCCACAGAUCAGCAAGGCGGCGGUCUUGUGAUGGACGUCUUUCCAGAUUGUCCCAGUCAGUGAUGCACACCGCCUCACAGCGAGGCAUGAGGAGGGUCAUGUAUCUCCCUUUGCAGGUAUGUGGACGCCUAGGAGACAGCUGCCACCGGGUGAAGUGAUAAAACAGCCCAUUUCAUUCUGAGGACAUCUGAUAGUGCAGCCAGCUCCACAGAGUCUGGCAGCACUGUGCCUGACUGAAACUGGAUCACACAGCAGCAGGAGGGUGGGCACCAGGCUGUCAGAGCAAAGCCAGAAAACAACUGGUUCAAGGCAGAUGUGUGGAGUACAACUGUGUUUACACACAGAGAUCUUGAGUUUAGAGCAUGUAUUUCUAUGUUAGCUGUGAAAACACUGAUUAUAAGUUAUACUAACAACAUGUUCUUCAAUUUAAACAUAUAGGCCUAAAUUAAAGGCUGUUUACUCUAUUUUUAGAGUGCAAAAAAGUAUUUAACCUUCUGACCUGGUCUAAAAAUAAACACCAGUAGAAUUGCUACAUGGCCUUUAGGAUUGAAAGAAAAACAAAUUGUUGGAUUCCUGAAUAAAUCAUAUUUUCUAUGCUUCAUAAAAAACAGCAAACAUGCAAUAUUUGACAUUUUUGCCAACUUGGGAUCAGUGGAAAUAAGUUGUGAACACAACAUAUCUGCCUAUACUUACUCUCUUUUUGCUAUGUUUUUG